GCAGAAAUUACACGUAGUACACAGUUACUACAUUUCCCGUGAUCACCCACUCAGUUGAAACUACACAAGACAAAAUGGCGGGAGUCGCAGCGUUCUUGAAGAAUGCGUGGAAUAAGGAGCCCGUUAUCGUGGUCUCCUGUGCUUUUGGACUGUUAGGUUCUAUUAUUCCAUUCGUCAGCCCCAUCACAAAGUAUUCAGCAAUGAUGAAUUCAGCUGUGCCAUACAACUACCCAGUCCCUGUGCGGGAUGAUGGAAAUAUGCCUGAUGUCCCCGCCCAUCCGCGUGAACCAAAAGGAAACAACUUGGAGUGGUUCAAAAACCUAUAACUUCACAGUCUCACAAUCAACACUUGUGCUGUUCCUCUGGUCAUACAUGUCUGCGUAUCUCCUCCACUUGUCUAUUAAAAAUUGUCUAUUUAAUUCUA